GCAGCGGGGUGGGCGGCGAGGCGCGGGGGCUGGACCAGCAGAAGCCAGGUCAAGCCCGCGGCCGCCCGAACGCGCCCAGUCGGCUUCUCGGUCUCGCCCGAAGGUGCGGCCGCCCUGCCGCGCCCGAGGCCGGCGCGAUGCCGUUCCUGCACGGCUUCCGGAGGAUCAUCUUCGAGUACCAGCCGCUGGUGGAUGCGAUUCUGGGCUCCCUGGGGAUCCAGGACCCCGAGCGGCAAGAGCCCCUGGACGGGCCCAGUUAUGUUGCCAGCGAGGAGAGCCGAAUCCUUGUUCUCACUGAGCUGCUGGAGAGAAAAGCCCACUCUCCGUUUUACCAGGAAGGUGUGAGCAAUGCCCUGCUGAAGAUGGCCGAGCUGGGGCUGACCCGGGCGGCCGACGUUCUCCUGCGCCACGGGGCCAACCUCAACUUUGAAGACCCUGUCACUUACUACACGGCCCUGCACAUCGCCGUCCUGCGAAACCAGCCAGACAUGGUGGAGCUGCUGGUGCGCCACGGGGCGGACAUUAACCGGAGGGACCGGAUCCACGAGAGCAGCCCCUUGGACCUGGCCAGUGAGGAGCCUGAGCGCCUGCCCUGCCUGCAGCGCCUCCUGGACCUCGGAGCGGACGUCAACGCAGCUGACAAGCAUGGAAAGACUGCUCUGCUCCACGCCUUGGCCAGUAGUGACGGGGUGCAGAUUUAUAACACUGAGAACAUCCGGCUCCUACUGGAAGGAGGCGCAGAUGUCAAGGCCACCACCAAAGAUGGGGACACCGUGUUCACCUGCAUCAUCUUCCUGCUUGGUGAGACCGUGGGAGGGGACAAAGAGGAGGCCCAGAUGAUCAGCCGCUUCUGCUUCCAAGUCACGCAGUUGCUGCUCGCCCACGGGGCCGACCCCAGCGAGUGCCCAGCCCACGAGUCCCUCACACACAUCUGCCUCAAGAGCUUCAAACUGCAUUUCCCUCUCCUGCGCUUCUUGCUGGAGUCCGGAGCAGCCUAUAACUGUUCCCUCCAUGGUGCGUCCUGCUGGUCUGGCUUCCACAUCAUCUUCGAGAGGCUCUGUUCCCACACAGGCUGUGCUGAAGAUGAGAGCCACGUGGACCUCCUGCGCAAAGCCGAGACCGUCCUGGAUCUCAUGGUGACUAAUUCCCAGAAACUGCAGCUGCCUGAAAACUUCGAUAUCCAUCCUGUGGGCAGCCUGGCAGAAAAGAUCCAGGCCCUUCACUGCUCCUUGAGGCAGCUGGAGAGCUAUCCUCCGUCCCUCAAGCACCUGUGUCGCGUUUACAUCCGGCUCCAUCUUCAGCCCUGGCCUGUGGACGUGAAGGUCAAAGCCCUGCCUCUGCCCGACCGGCUGAAGUGGUACCUCCUUAGUGAGCACAGCGGUACUGUUGAAGAGGACAUCUGACCACUCCCAAACUGAAGGGAGCAGGGUCUGGGCAGCUCAGUCUCCUGGUGGAUUUUGGUACCUGCGGCAGCCUUAGGGGAGAACCUUCUGGCCUCCUGUCAGGAGGUAGAGGUUGGGAGACGAGACUUGAUCCUCACUGCGUACCAAGAAAACCAGGUGGAGCCCAGCAGCUGCAGUCAUUCCAGUGGGAAAAGGCUUCGUCUUCCAGGGGGACUGCCCCCCUUCUGUUUGGCAGAACUCCCAGUCUCAACCACAUUGGGGAAAAGGACCGGGUUUAGAUUUGGGACAAGUGUACACCCUGUUCAUCUGCGGGGAGCAUCGGGCAGGGUGGCUCUGAGUCUCGGUCCUGAGAACUGCAGGAGGCCGGUCUGUCUUGCAUGGGGCCCAGCUGAAGCCAGGAGGAAGCGUGGCGGGCCUGUGGGGGCACGACCCCACUGAGGCCCUUCACUCCCACCUCUCCCCGUGCUGGAUUAUUAGGUCACUUACAGAAGUGCUUUCGGUGGGCCAGGGAGAAAGCUGAGCUGACCCCUGCCACCUCUGGCUGCUCUGGGGCCAGGUCAUCCAUGGCCCGGCCCACCAAGGCACGGGACUGGAUUCCGGUGGCAGCUCUGUCUGCGCCAAACCUGGGAUCUUGGGGGACCGUGCCUUCUGCUAAAAAGCAAUCCUGCAUGACCAGGGACAGUCCUUUCCAAAAUGUGUUUUGUGAGGGGUUCAUCUGGUAUUGAAAGCUACCAAUACUGCAAGCUGACUGUACUGUCCACGCUGAACCUUCACGAAGCCGAAGCCGCUUCCCAGUCACGUGGGUCCUUGUGAAUUGUGUGAAUGCCGGGAGGCAAGCUGAGGCAACUAAAGGAUACAUUAUAAAGUAAAAUGUUUCUCUCGGCCUUCAAGGUCCUUGUAUGACGUUUUGGCCCCCUCCGCGCCCUCCCCCAGCCUAGGACAAAGGCUCCCACCGC